CUAAAAAUAAUAUUACAGUAAAAGCAAACCGAACGUAUGAAUACGAAUACGAUACUUCGGGAUAUCAAAAUAAAUCGCUUUUAACAUACUUAUACUUCAGUUUCCUAACACCAUUAAAGCGCCAUGCGCGUUUCCAUAAAUUUCUUAUCAAAUUUCAUGCUCGCACAGACUACAGCGUACUUCACAUCGGUGUGUAUCAAGGAUCACGAGCAGUUCUCCCUGUGUGCGUGGAAAUGUGCCCCGACUUGCGUGAAUAUCAAAAUGUUGUCGGCGCAUGCGACCUGUCCGCUGCCGUGGGCCUGCCACGUUGGUUGUCGAUGUGCACCUGGGUACCUAAGGGAUGAGUGGUCUAAGAAGUGCGUGAUGGUUACAGAUUGUCCAGACUAUGACACGUGCCCGCCCGGAGAGGUCAUGGGUUAUUUCAUGCAGUGCGUCACACCUAUGACGAGCAGUCACUUCAACCAGUCCCACUGGGACUACUAUCCCGACCCCAGGGAGGGCAGGCAGCACAACACGACGGAUGAGGAGGAUGUGGACCUGGAUCAUAGAUCACUGUCAUCAGAGGAUGAUGAUUAUUAAACGAUG